AUGGCGGGCUGCUACGAGCGGCUGGCGCAGCCGGCCGGCGUCGGCACCUUCACGACUCUCUUUGGGCGCAUCUUUUUGUCCCUCGGCGAGUUCGGUGCGGGCAACAACAUCGGACUCCUCGCCAAGACAACGUGCGCCACAGGCGUCCGGGCCCAGUACUACGGCAUCGCUGCCGCCGUCGGCAAGAUCGGCGCAUUUUUCGGCACGCUGGUGUUCCCCUACAUCGUGGCCGCCGGGGGGCGAGUCGGAGGUGCUGUCGGCGCAACCGGACAGAGUACGAUCGAGGUCAAGGUUGCCAAGUUCCGGGAGUACUUGGAGAAGGACGGGUAUGAUACCAGGCAGCUGGGGUUGAAGAAGGGGGAAGAACGUUGA